AUGUGGGUGCACGGGGCCAUCGUGCUGCUGGGGGCCCUCCUGGCCCUGGCCACAGCUCAGCACCGAGCCGGUGGCUGGAGCCGCGGCCGGAGCCAGACGUGGAGUGGGCGACCGGCAGCGUUCCGGAGCUGGGACUCGGGACUGUACCGGCCGUGGCAGGAGGGGACAGCGCGGCAGAGGGACUGCUGGCAAGGCGGCGACGUCACCCUCGACAUCAGCAACGACGCCCCCACCAUGGCAGGCGCCAAGGCCACCUUCUCCAUCGCCCUGCGCUUCCCCAGCACGCAGACGGCACUGCCCGACGGCCGCGUGGUGUGGAGCCAGAACUGCACCGUCAACGGCACCCGCGUCACGCAGGGUGACCCCGUCUUCCCGGAGCAGCUGGCCGAGGGCUCGGACGGCGUCUUCCCCGACGGGCAGCCCUUUCCCCGCAGCGCCUGGGGCAAGCGUGGAAAAUUCGUCUACGUGUGGUGGACGUGGGGGCGCUACUGGCAGGUGGUGGACAGCGCCGUGUCCCAGCUGACAGUGGGGACGGACGGGGUGGCCCUGGGCUCCUACACCAUGGAGGUGGUUGUCUACCACUACCGCGGCCGCCAGAAGUUUGUCCCCAUCGGCCGCGCCAGCUCCCAGUUCAGCAUCACAGACCAGGUGCCCUUGGCAGUGGACGUGGCGCAGGUGCAGGCGGCGGGCGGCGGGCGCUUUGUGCGCAACCACCCCGUGGCCUUCAGCGUGCGGCUGCACGACCCCAGCCGCUACCUGCGUGACGCCGACAUCUCCUACUCGUGGGACUUCGGGGACCAGAGCGGCACCCUCAUCUCCCGCAGCGCCAUCGUCACCCACACCUACCUGCAGGCCGGGUCCUUCGCCGCCCGCCUGGUGCUGCAGGCGGCCAUCCCGCUCAGCACCUGCGGCACCUCCAUGCCCCCCGUCGUGGACCCCACCACCGGGCUGGUGCCCUCGGGGGGACCCACGGCCACACAGCCAGCGGGUCCCACCGCUGGCACCGCUACGGGACCUGGCACCGCUGCAGCACCAGGCACUGCUUCAGGGUCCGGCACUGCUGCAGCACCUGGAACCACUGUGGCACCCGGCACCUCAGCACCCGCAGGCUCUGGGGAGCCAGCAGAGCCCAUGGGGGCAACAGUGGCUGCGCCUUUGGAUCCUGCUGCUACCGAGCCCGUCCCUGUCCUGGUGCUCAGCACUGCGGUGGCCGGUGCAGCAGCCGCUACGGACCCUGCUGCCACCGCCGCAGACCCCCUGCUCCUUGCCUCUGUGUCCCCAGCUGGGGACGUGCUGGGCACCGCGGCCCCCACGGCUGCGGGAGGAACCGUGGCUGCAGGCGCGGUGACAGCUGGGGACACGGCUGGGGAUACGGCUGCAGCCACAGGUGGGGACGUGGUGACAGCCACAGCUGGAGCAACGGCUGGGGGCACAGCUGAAUCCAUAGCUGAUGCCACAGUGGGAGCAACAGCGGGAGCAACAGCGGGAGCCACAGCAGGAGCCACGGAUGGAGCCACGGCCACCCCCGGCGAGCCCCUGGUGCUGGUGAAGCGCCAGGCGCCCGCGGCUGAGCCCACAGGCUGCGUCCUGUACCGCUACGGCACCUUCUCCACCCAGCUCGACAUCGUCCAGGGCAUCGAGAGCAUGGCCAUCGUGCAGGUGGUGCCCGUGGAGCCCGAGGGCAGUGGGAACAGCGUGGAGCUGACGGUGACGUGCGAGGGGAGCCUGCCCGAGGAGGUGUGCACCGUGGUGGCGGAUGCUGAGUGCCAGAUGGCGCAGACGCAGACGUGCUCGGCUGUGGCGCCGGCACCCGGCUGCCAGCUGGUGCUGCGCCAGGACUUCAACCAGUCCGGCCUCUACUGCCUCAACGUCUCCCUGGCCAACGGCAACGGCCUGGCCGUGGCCAGCACCCGCGUGGCCGUCGGAGGCGCAGCCCCGGCCGCCGGCAGGACCACACUCACCGUGGGGCUGGUGCUGAUUGCUGCCGCCCUGGGCACCGCCGCCUACACCUACCGCCGAGUGAAGUACAGCCUGCUGCUGGCCGCGGCCCCCCCCGGCCCCCUGCCCCCGGGGUGGCUGCCCCCCGGUGCCACCCUCCGCCUACUGCUGCGCCAGGUUUUUCGGGGGGCCCCCAGCGGUGAGAGCAGCCCCCUGCUCCGUGCCAACGCCGUGUAGGGGCUGCGGGGAUCCACCCCCCCCAACCACUACGCCCCCCACCUGGCCCGAGCCCCCAGGACCCGGGGGGGCCGCGUGCCCCGGGUGACAUGAAUAAAGGCUCAGCU